UGCUAGAAGCCCAUAUCCAAGAUUCAUAUAUUACUCUUAUGUGUAAUUGCCUAUCCAUUGCAAGGUUUCACUGCAUCUUGGUUCCUGAUACGCCAAGGCUGUCCUCGGCCUCAGUUAGUCCGACAAAGCAGUCAUGCCUCCAUCAACACUUUCCCCUACCGCGCUCCCCACAAGGGACGCAUACCUAUCAUAAUGGCGACGCUAGAACACUCUUCACAAACCCAUCAUAGCUAUCAUAGCCUCACCUCCUACUCCCCACUCCUCCAACCGCCCUGACCUUAACCGUGACACCACACUUCCCGACUACACCACACUACACGCACCCCGCAAAGCCACCCCACCACCCCCCACAAUGGCACAACUCCUCGCCAACAAAUCCAUGGCCAUAACCGGCGGCGCAACAGGCAUCGGCCGCGCCAUCGCCCUCGGGUACCUCACCCACGGCGCAAACGUAGCAGUAAACCACUUCGGCGACGCAAAAUCAACCUCGCAAUUCCAAACCCUCCUAGACGAAGCCGCGCAAGUCCUCGGCAGCGUGGAAGAAGCCCAGAAAAGACUCAUACAAGUCCCCGGCGACGUGGGCGAUGCGGAAACAGGCAAGGCGCUCGUGGCCGCCGUGGUGCAGAAAUGGGGCCGCUUGGACGUCUUCAUCAGCAAUGCGGGGAUCUGCGAGUUUAGGGAUUUCUUGGAAAUAACGCCAACCCUCUGGUCCCAAACCCUAACCACCAACCUAACCGGCGCAUUCAAUUCCAUCCAAGCCGCGGCCACCCAACUCUCCCAGCAGACCCCCCCAGGCGGGUCCAUAAUCGGCAUAUCCUCCAUCUCAGCGCUCGUCGGCGGCGCGCAACAAGCGCACUACACGCCCACCAAAGCGGGCGUAUUAUCGCUAAUCCAGUCCGCCGCGUGCGCCCUCGGUCGCUAUAAUAUCCGCUGCAAUGCGCUGCUGCCGGGCACGGUUAAGACGCAGCUCAAUGAGAAGGACCUCGAUGAUGAGGGGAAGAGGAGGUAUAUGGAGGGCAGGAUUCCGCUGGGGAGGACGGGGGUGCCGGCGGAUUUGGCGGGGCCGGCGGUUUUCUUGGGGAGUGAGUUGAGUGCGUAUGUGAAUGGGGCGCAGCUUCUGGUUGAUGGGGGGUUGUUUGUUAAUCUGCAGUGAUGGGGGUGGGAGUUGGAGGAGUGGAUGGGAUUGAUGUUGAAGUUUACUAUAUGCUUUGUUGAAGAUAUUGUGGUACCGGCCUGUUUCCAUACGUGUUGGGUUGGAUAGAAUAUGCAUGGGCAGGGAGACCUAACAGGAGACGUCUCAAGAGCCAUAGAAACGUAUGUUUUGUAGUGUCAUUGUCUGUGUAGCAGUUCAUCAUGCUAAAUACUAAACCAAGACCUACAUGACAAUGAAGAAAGGAAAGAAAAAAGGGG